UGCUUAGCCACCUGUUGAAGCAGAGUCACAGACGGUUAACCUCAAUAUGAAACACCAAAACCAGCCAACCUUCACAAGCUUCACAGCUCUGCAUCCCUCUUAAUUAAACACACUGGUAGCUAGCGAGCCAGCUAUUCUUGUGUUAUAUAACUAUUUGGGACAGCUACUACAAGCAAACAUAAAAUAAUCAGACUUCGGGCAUACUGUACAGCUCUCUGAACAGGAAUGUCCCUGCAGCACUUGACUGCUAUAAACUGUGCAAGUCUUCUGCAACCUGGAUGCUCCUUAUUGUAUCUAGAAGGUGAUGUUUACCUUUUUGGUCAGAAAGGCUGGCCUAAGCGAUCCUGUCCAACAGGCAUCUUUGGUGUUCGCAUCAAGAAUGGAGAGCUCAAACUCCGUGCCAUCUCCUUCUCUAACACUUCUUGCUAUCUUCCACCAUUGCGCUGCCCAGCAGUCUGCCAGCUGGAGGCUCGUGACGGAAGCCCCGAGUGUUACCUCGUUCAUGGAGGCCGAACACCCAACAAUGAGCUGUCCUCAAGCCUCUACGUGCUCAGUGUGGACAGUCGUGGAUGCAAUCGGAAGGUCACAAUGAGAUGCCAGGAGAAAGAAUUGGCUGGGGAGACUCCAGGGCCCCGGUAUGGCCACACCAUCAGUGUAGUCCACAGCAGAGGGAAAACCGCAUGUGUGGUGUUUGGUGGUAGGGCCUACCUUCCACCUGCUGAGAGAACCACAGAGAACUGGAACACUGUGGUGGACUGUCCAUCCCUGGUGUACCUCAUUGAUCUGGAGUUCGGCUGCUGUUCAGCACACAUCCUCCCGGAGCUUGCAGAUGGCCAGUCCUUCCACCUGGCGCUGGCACGAGAGGAUUGUGUCUACUUCCUGGGUGGCCACAUCCUCUCCACUGACUGCAGACCACCUCGUCUGUUCAGGCUACGUGUAGAGCUUCUCUUAGGCAGUCCACUGCUCUCUUGUGAUGUCCUUAAUGAUGGUCUCUCCAUCACAAGUGCCAUCACAAUUCCCACAGGCUCUGCUCAUGAGUACAUUAUCCUCGGUGGCUAUCAGUCCGAGUCCCAGAAGCGAAUGCAGUGCACAUAUGUAGCACUAGAUGAUGUUGGUAUACGCCUCGAGUUUCGAGAGCCACCACAGUGGAGCAGUGAGAUCAUCCAAAGCCGCACCUGGUUCGGUGGAAGCCUGGACAAGGGCAACGCACUGAUUGCUGUUCCAUCUGAAGGCAGUCCAGCAUAUCCAGAUGCAUAUUACUUUUACCAAGUAAGCUUCCAGCAGGAGGCAGAAGCAGAGGAUGCAACUCAGACAUGCAGCCAAGAGUCCACUGACUUUGAGGAUUCCGCUCCUCUAGAGGAUUCAGAAGAGCUCUACUUCGGACGUGAGCCCCACGAGAUGGAGUACAGCAGUGACGGAGACGGAGACACCUACAAUGAGGAAGAUGAGGAGGAUGAAUCUCAGACCGGUUACUGGAUCAGGUGCUGCCUUGGCUGCACGGUAGACGUCAACACCUGGGAGCCCUUCUACUCCACAGAGCUCAACCGGCCAGCCAUGAUCUUCUGUUCCAGAGGUGAAGGAGGACAUUGGGUCCAUGCUCAAUGCAUGGAGCUCUCAGAGAGCCUACUGAUUCGCCUAUCUCAGGACAACAGCAAGUACUUCUGCGUGGACCACGGAGGCCUUCCCAAGCAGGAGAUGACCCCACCUCGGCACACGAUGCCUGUGAAGAGAGUGCCAAUGAAGACACUGCACCGCAAAGCGCCCAUCACGCUGAAAAUUACUCCAGCCAAAAAGAGCUUUUUCAGAAGGCUGUUUGACUGAGUUGCUCCUGCUCUUUACGUUACUUCUAAGUUACAAUGAAUGUUCCAGCAAUUAAGUGCUACUUACUAAAUACCUGAUAAAUGUUUGCUUUGCAUACUUUUAUGGACUGAUGUUUCUUGAGAUUAUGAUACACUGAAGCCACUGUUUUGGAGAAUGCAAUCUUGGAAAAUGUAUUUUUUUAAUUGGUUGAAAUAAAUUUUGCAUUACAUUUA